GAAGCGCCAACGGCUUGAGGAUUUGGAGCGUUCAAACACAGUGGAAACACUGACCAGUCUUGUUGGAAGGGGCCAACUGCAUAUAUCUGCUGCUGCAGAGAUUGCCCAGAACAUUGUCAAGGAUACAGAGUUUCCUCCCGCGGCCCUUCGCGCGUUUGCUAGCCUCGGAGCUGCAGGAGAUCAUCCGCAGAAUUGUGAGAGGGACCUCCAUCGUUGGCUGCACAAUCUUUUUGGUGUGCGUUUGGAACCCUACAAAAUCCACCUAGACUUGCAGGUUGAUGGUGCCAAAGCAACAAAAACACCUGUCUAUGUCCUGCUACCUCAUGAAAUCAUCCAUUGCCUUGCAACCUCCCACUGCCCAUUUCUCUUCAACUCUGCGCUGCUUGGAAACUUGGAUGGGGUUGCUAGAGCGCAGUUCUGGUCCCACGUGUAUUCAUUGGACCCCUGGAAAAGGCACCCUGUGCUGAACAGAGAUGAUGUUCAGUUUGACAAGCUGAUCGGUGUCACCAUCCACGGGGAUGGUGCAGCCAUGAAAAGGGAAGACGAGGCGUUC